AACGCUCUCCCAACUGAGCUAUUUCGGCUUCGCGCGCUGAGUCAGCUGACCAGCUCACAGACAGCCGUAACCUAUCUCAUAUAUAUUCUGCGUCUUGUGGAUAAAUAUUGCCAGACGUCAAGACCAAAACGACAUUUCUCUGAAAUAUUCCUUUUUUUUUUGUCUACAAGCAUUCGGCACACAUAUAACGUUUCUAUUAUUAUACCCACCUCCUCUGAGUCAGCAGCUAAAUAGUCUUUCCGGGUAAUAUAAUCUGUUCGGUUAAAUCGAAACUAACAGAACAAAAAGUAGGUCUUGGAUUUACAGACUGCGGUUUAUCACGAGCGGUGAGGAUGUCAGUUCAGUUCUCCGGCUGGGAGGUGGUGGACGAUGGUGCCUGUUUUCCUGGUGUGUUGUUGGCACCGGCGCAGAAGCCUCAAAACAAGGGCGUCUACACUAUGUUUCACGGGACCAGCGUUGCCAGUGCACGGGCCAUCAUCGCUGGUGGAUUUCAGCAGUCGUCUGGUGGUAUGCUGGGAAAGGGUGUGUACAUGAGCAGGGACGUGAAGAAGGCAGCUAACUAUCCUCUUAAAAGUAACCCUAAUGACCGUGUGAUUCUGGAGCUGCGAGUUCGUGUAGGACGUGUCAAGCGUAUUGACGCGGACAACCACCCUUUGCAGUUCAUCUGGAGCACAAAAGGCUACAACACCGCCUGGGUACCCCCCAACUGUGGCAUGAAAUCUGUGCCCAGUGGCCUAGAGGAAGACUGUGUGUUUGACCCUAAAAGGGUAAAGGUUGUAGGCAUUGCAAAAGCACCAACCACUGCAAUAGAAAAGGAGCUUCAGCAGCUUCUCACUAAAGUAUCUAAACAAGACAAAGGAGGAACUGGUAAAGGUAAAGAUGUGUGCCCCCUGUGCAAGAGGAAGACCCAACAAGGAGCUCCUCACAUUAAGCAGCAGUGCUGGAAGUGUGGUCAAAACAUCUGCAUCCUCACAUCCAAGCACUUUUGUCAAAAGCCGGCGACUCCUCAAAGACGGAUGUCGCUGCAGUUCUUUGGGUGGGAGGUGGCCUAUGAUGAUGACUCUCCUCGUCUGGAGCUGGUGACUUCCCAGGAGCCAAAAGACCGGGGCGUCUACACCAUGUACCACGGCACCUCUGUUCCCAAUGCACGUCUCAUCAUUGCCAAUGGCUUUCAGCAGUCAACAAAGGGCAUGUUGGGGAAGGGCGUGUAUGUAAGUCGUAACAGGAAGAAAGCAGAACGCUAUCCUCUACACAACAACCCUUCAGAUCGUGUGGUGCUCAAGUUGCACGUGCGUGUUGGCCGUGUCAAACGCAUAGACAAGGACAACCAUCCGAUGCAGUACAACUGGAGCCAGCAAGGCUAUGACACUGCUUGGGUACCCCCCAACUGUGGCAUGAAAUCUGUGCCCAGUGGCCUAGAGGAAGACUGUGUGUUUGACCCUAAAACAAUAAAGGUCGUGGACAUCGCUAAGGCUCCGGACGCAGAACUGGAACAACUUAAACAACUUCUAGCCAACUGUCCCAAAAACCCCAGUGUUGGAGUUGGCAGCGGGGCUGCUGCGGCUGAUUGUUUACUGUGCAACAGGAAGCAACAGCCGUAUUCUCCACAUGUCCAGCAAACGUGCUGGGGAUGUGGGCAAAACAUUUGCACACUCAUGACCAAACAUGUCUGUUCUGUGAGGGUUUAAGAGGAACUAUACUGCUGGGCCAAAUUAAAUUAAACAAGUCCUGGGGAAAGAAAAGAAUGAAGUGUGUGGUUAUACUUUGGAGAGAGCUCUCCUGACAGUUUCUUCCGUCUUCCACAAAGAACUGAAAUACAUUGUUGAAGUCAUUAGUUUGAGCAAAACUUUACUUUAUGAUGAUUUUACUGUAGUAUUUUAAUAUUUUUCAAAUAGUUUAACAUUAUCAUGUGUUAGUGUCAUGUUGAAUCAAUACAAAACAAUUUCUAUGAUGAUUAAAUGUCUUUAUUUUCUGCUGAACAUGGUCAUGAUUGCAUGGUGUUUAGAAAUAUGUAAUGAUUAAAAAGAACUGAUUUCAUAUUCAAAAUGCAGAGAAAAAUAAAAUGAAAUAAAAUAAGGUUAAUAAAACAA